AUGGUUAGAGAUUGGAUGGGAAAUUUUUUAACAAAUAAAAGUGUAGCAAAAUGUGCUGCCCGAAUGGAUCAGUGUUUUUCAAGUACUCGUCAAAAGCUACCUGUUGAUGACAUUAAAGAAAUGCCCGAUAUAGUUAGAAAUGGUUUCACUUUUUCUGAUGGGGUAGGGAAUAUCUCUUUUUCAUUAGCAAAGAAGAUUGCUUAUUAAUUGGAUUAAGGGUGUUUUAUGUCAGCCAGCUUGUGUUGGAAGUUAUCAGAGGUUCUACAUUCAUCUCAGCAUAUCUCAAUCGUCAGGCGAUUAUAUUAUUGUCCGCAUUAGGAACUCCUGAUGAAGUAUUUAUUGAAUUAAAAGAUUUACGAGUUAGGGAAUUGGAUAAAAUGCUUGAAAGUGAACAUACGGCAUUGGAUUUUCUACAAAG